GAGCCCUUUGCUUCCUUCUUUCAUCACCAUUCACCAAGCAAGCCAAUCCAUAGAAAGAAAAACACAGAGAUACAGUGAAAUAGAACUAUGGAAGGCUGCUGCUCUUCUAAUUCUAAUCAUUUGGUCGGAAUUCUUCUCAUUUUCCUCAGCCUCACUCGCUUCUCUACCACCGCCUCAGCUGCCAGAGCUUUGUCUGGAGUCACUACUAACACCGAAUUCAUCAGAACAUCUUGCAGCACGACGACUUAUCCUGAGCUCUGCUAUGCCUCUCUCUCAGAUCAGGCAACUAUCAUUCGAUCCGACCCUGAACUUCUAGCUCACGCCGCUCUCUCCGUCAGCCUUGACACCGCAAAAUCAACCUCUUCCAUGAUGGUAAAGCUGUCCCAAAGUCACGGCAUGACACCCCGAGAAGUCGGGGCAAUGCGUGAUUGUGUGGAGGAAUUAGGCGACUCGGUGGAUGAGCUGAAAAAAUCAAUGGGAGAGAUGCCGCAGCUCAGAGGCCCCAACUUUGCCCUCACCGUGAAUGAUAUACAAACGUGGGUUAGCGCUGCCCUGACAGAUGAGGAUACGUGCAUGGACGGAUUUGCCGGAAAAGUCAUGAAUGGCAACACCAAAAUCGCUGUGAGGAAUCAAAUAGUAAACGUUGCACACAUGACUAGUAACGCCUUGGCUUUGAUUAAUAGUUAUGCUUCCCUCCACAGCUAGCCGAUGAUGAUCAGGCAAGGCCGUCAUGGCUUAGCUUAAAAUUAGAUAAUUAAUGUCUUAAGUUAUUAAGCAAGCAAGUGUACGAUGUCGUGUUGUUAGCAUGAAAAUUGGUAGCAUUGAGCAGGAGCGGUAAGAAUGCGAAGAUGGUGUGAUUGCAGUGUAUUUGUUUGUGAUCAGCUGUGUACAUUGUGGUUGAUACUGGAGGAAUCUUAGUAUCUAUGACGUUGAAAUUAUUGCAUACAUCCUAUAUACCUGUCAAGUUCAGAUGA